CCCCCCCCCCCCCCCCCAUCAAAAGAUUUGCUUAACUUUUCAGUUUUAAUUCCAAGUUCUUGGAUUCUGUUGGUAUAUCUCACUGUAGAGUGACUCUACUUGUACUCACUGGGAACUUCUAAUGGUUUCUGGGGAAUUUAGUAUGUGGGUUAUUGAGGGGAGGUUUCAACUCGGUGGCGUGAGUGAGCAAGGAGCCAGCGUUUGACGGGUAUUGCGUUGCUGUUGAAGGGUUGUUGGGAAAAGGGGUCCAAUUAAUAUCAGUUUCAAUUUCAAUCUCCAAAGUUGGUUUCUUUUCAGACUAAAUAUCAACUCUUUUCCUAGAUAUUUUUACGAACAUCUCGUGUCACUUGUCUCUCCCCAAAGAUUCCUUAACCAAGUAUCCAGUUCAUCAACCACUUGGAUUAUUGGUAUUUUCUCUUCUCUUCCAAACAGAAGCUAAAUCUUUCAGUGCAUGAGCCUCUACUCUUGUUACUGGCCAAUCGAUAGCAGAUUAAUCUAAAGAGAACUCACCUUUCUGUUUUGUUCCAUUUGCUGAUGUUAAUUGGGCUUGUAUUUUAUUCUUAAUUGAAUUACCUAGAUAAAAGAGUUUGAUUCAUUGGUUAAAAGAUGAACGGAGCUGCAUUAGUGGCUAUUGCUGCUUGCAUUGGGAGCUUCUUGCAAGGAUGGGAUAAUGCUACAAUUGCUGGGGCAAUUGUUUACAUCAAGAAGGACCUGGAUUUGCAAACUGCAGUGGAAGGUCUAGUUGUGGCCAUGUCACUUAUUGGAGCCACAGCAAUCACAACAUGCUCAGGAGCAAUAUCAGAUUGGCUUGGUCGGCGUCCAAUGCUAAUAAUUUCAUCCAUGCUUUACUUUAUUAGUGGUUUGAUAAUGGUUUGGUCCCCAAACGUGUAUGUCCUGUGCAUAGCAAGGCUAUUAGAUGGAUUUGCAAUUGGCCUAGCUGUUACACUUGUUCCAGUUUAUAUAUCUGAGACUGCCCCAUCAGACAUAAGGGGAAUGUUAAAUACCCUUCCUCAGUUCACUGGUUCAGGUGGGAUGUUUCUGUCGUAUUGUAUGGUCUUUGGAAUGUCAUUAACACCCUCACCAAGUUGGAGGUUGAUGCUAGGGAUUCUUUCUAUACCUUCACUGUUGUAUUUUGCAUUGACAAUAUUUUAUUUGCCUGAAACUCCUCGAUGGCUUGUGAGUAAAGGAAAGAUGCUUGAAGCUAAACAAGUUCUGCAGAGAUUAAGAGGGAGGGAAGACGUUUCAGGUGAGAUGGCUUUGCUGGUUGAAGGUCUUGGUAUUGGGGGUGAGACAUCCAUAGAGGAGUACAUAAUAGGCCCUGCUGAUGAACCUGAUGAUGAUCAGGAACCCACUGCUGGGAAAGAUAAAAUCAAAUUGUACGGGCCUGAAGCAGGCCUUUCCUGGGUUGCCAAACCUGUCACCGGACAGAGUUCUCUUGCUCUUGCAUCUCGCCAGGGAAGCAUGGUGAACCAAAGUGUGCCUCUUAUGGAUCCUCUUGUGACCCUUUUUGGUAGUGUUCAUGAGAAGCUUCCUGAAUCAGGAAGCAUGCUUUUCCCUAACUUUGGUAGCAUGUUUAGUACGGCAGAACCUCAUGCCAAACAUGAGCAAUGGGAUGAAGAGAGCCUUCAGAGGGAAGGUGAUGACUACGCAUCAGAAGCUGCUGAGGGAGACUCGGAUGACAAUUUACAUAGUCCAUUAAUCUCGCGCCAGACAACAAGCAUGGAAAAGGAUAUGCCCCCCCCAGCUUCUCAUGGCAGUAUCCUGAGCAUGAGACGCCAUAGCAGUCUCAUGCAAGGAACUGGGGAGGCUGUUGGUGCUACAGGUAUUGGUGGUGGUUGGCAGUUGGCAUGGAAAUGGUCUGAGAGAGAAGGAGAAGAUGGGAAGAAGGGAGGAGAAUUUAAAAGGAUUUAUUUGCACCAGGAGGGAGUCCCUGGAUCUCGUCGUGGGUCUCUAGUUUCACUUCCUGGUGGUGAUGUUCCUGCAGAGGGCGACUAUGUCCAGGCUGCUGCUCUUGUAAGUCAGCCUGCUCUUUAUUCCAAGGAGCUUCUAGAUCAGCAUACAGUUGGACCUGCAAUGGUUCACCCAGCUGAAACUGCCAAAAAGGGACCAGCUUGGGCUGCUUUACUUGAUCCCGGAGUUAAGCGAGCAUUGGUUGUCGGGGUUGGAAUUCAAAUCCUUCAGCAGUUUUCUGGUAUAGGUGGUAUUCUCUACUACACUCCACAAAUUCUUGAAGAGGCAGGCGUUGAAGUUCUUCUUGUGAACCUGGGAAUUAGUUCAACGUCUGCAUCAUUCCUUAUUAGUGCAUUCACAACAUUUCUGAUGCUUCCUUGUAUAGCCUUGGGCAUGAGGCUCAUGGAUAUCUCAGGCAGAAGGACCCUGCUACUCACUACACUUCCUGUGCUUAUAGUCUCCCUCAUCAUCCUAAUAAUUGGGCAACUGGUGGACUUGGGUACAGUUGCCAAUGCAACAAUCUCAACCGUUUGUGUUGUUAUCUACUUCUGCUGCUUUGUAAUGGCUUAUGGACCAAUUCCAAACAUCCUGUGCUCUGAGAUCUUCCCCACAAGGGUUCGUGGGCUCUGCAUUGCCAUUUGUGCCUUAGUAUACUGGAUUGGGGACAUCAUUGUCACCUACACGGUGCCUGUAAUGCUAACUUCAAUUGGACUUAAGGGCAUCUUUAUAAUUUUUGCGGUGAUGUGUAGCAUGUCUUGGGUGUUCGUGUUCUUGAAGGUCCCAGAAACUAAGGGCAUGCCCCUUGAAGUGAUUACGGAAUUCUUUGCUGUUGGAGCAAGACAAGCUGCUGCUGCCAAGAAUGAUUGAUAGAAAAAGCUUGGAUGGAUGGCCUGUUGAUUAUUAUGCAGUUUGAGCUGCUACAGAUGUCAUUAUAUUGAGAAAAAAAAAAUCAUAAUUAAACAAUUAAAAUUACCAUUUUGUUUCAUAUUUUUUUUUCAUUAUAAAUAUAUGAGUAAUAUAUAGAUACUUGACUUGGACGA